UUUGUUUCUUGCGCCCGCCCCCCUCAGGCUCCCGUCUCCGUUUCCCCGGGAGGCCCCGGUGUCUCUGCUGCAGUCUCUGUGGCGCCGUGACCUGCACCGGUCGCGGGAGCCGCAGGGAGGACGCCGGGACACCCCGGGAGCCGGGAAAUGGAUUCACUGGUCUUUGAGGAUGUGGCUGUGAACUUCACCUUGGAGGAGUGGGCUUUGCUGGAGCCUUCCCAAAAGAAUCUGUACAGAGAUGUGAUGCAGGAAACCUUCAGGAACCUGGCCUCUAUAGGUAAGGAUGGCAACGUUCCUUCACUUAGUAAAUUAGAGAACAAGAGUCAUAUUCCAGAGAGACUGUGUGAACGUAAGGAAGAUAGUCAAUGUGGAGAAACCUUCAUCCAGAUUCCAGAUCACGUUCUGAACGAGAAGACUCCUCCUGCAGUAAAACCGUUUGGAAGCAGUGUGUGUGGAGAAGUUGGCAUGAGUCAUUCAUCCCUUAAUAGGCACAUAAGAGCUGACAGUGGAAGGAAACCAAGUGAGUAUCAGGAAUAUGGAGAGAAGCCAUAUAAACGUAAGCAGUGUGAGAAAGCCUUCAAUUAUCGCCACUCCUUUCCAGUACGUGAAAGGACUCAGUCUGGAGGGAAACCCUAUGAUUGUACGGAAUGUGGAGAAACCUUCAUUUCCCUCGUAGGCAUUCGAAGACACAUGGUGACGCACAAUGGCGGUGUACCUUAUAAAUGUAAGGUGUGUGGGAAAGCCUUUGAUUAUCCCAGUUUAUUUCGUAUACAUGAAAGAAGUCACACUGGAGAGAAACCCUACGAAUGCAAGCAAUGUGGGAAAGCCUUCAGUUGUUCCAGUUACAUCCGAAUACAUGAAAGGACUCACACUGGAGAUAAACCCUAUGAGUGUAAGCAAUGUGGGAAAGCCUUCAGUUGUUCCAAGUACAUCCGAAUACAUGAAAGGACUCAUACUGGAGAGAAACCCUAUGAAUGUAAACAAUGUGGUAAAGCCUUUAGAUGUGCCAGUUCUGUUAGAAGUCAUGAAAGGACUCACACUGGAGAGAAACUUUUCGAAUGUAAGGAGUGUGGGAAGGCCUUGACUUGUCUUGCAAGUGUUCGAAGACACAUGAUAAAGCACACUGGCAACGGACCUUAUAAAUGUAAGGUAUGUGGCAAAGCCUUUGAUUUUCCCAGUUCAUUUCGAAUACAUGAAAGAACGCACACUGGAGAGAAACCCUAUGAAUGUAAGGAUUGUGGGAAAGCCUUCAGUUGUUCCAGUUCCUUUCGAAAACAUGAACGAAUUCACACCGGAGAGAAACCCUAUAAAUGUACAAAAUGUGGGAAAGCCUUCAGUCGUUCCAGUUACUUUCGAAUACAUGAAAGAACUCAUACUGGAGAGAAACCCUAUGAAUGUAAGCAAUGUGGGAAAGCCUUCAGUCGAUCCACUUACUAUCGAAUACAUGAAAGAACUCAUACCGGAGAGAAACCCUAUGAGAACCCUAACCCUAACCCUUCAGUUGUCCCAGUUCCUUUCAUAAGCAUGAAAGGAGUUACACUGAGCGAAACUCUAUGA